AAAGGAAAGAAAGGAGCUGCUCAGUCAGUACAGCAGUGCCGCUGGAGAGCUCUCGUCGACCGUAGGCUCCAGCCGAAAAAAAAGACGCGACACCUAACGUUUUAUUUUCCAUUUUAUUUAUUAAUUUCUCAUCGUGUCUUCACCUCAAACAAGAUGUAACUCUUGUUGACUCCACCUCAAGUAUAUUCAUGCAUUUGAAAAGAGCCGGGAGUGAGUGCGCAGAGACGAGAAGCCGAGCUGUUCUGGCGAAUGGAAGUUAUUGUUGUGCAUUUGUUUUGACUAUGUUAUCCCCGAGUGAGUUGGGGUUCAGUCCGUCUCUGUCCGUCGUCGACCCUUGAAUUUUUGGGAUUUAUAUCCGAAGGGUUUAAGGGAAACACCGAAGGAGGAUUGUGCGAAGCCAGAGGUGGUUUUCCUACAGAGCCGGGGAUUUAAAUCGUCAUUUGGUGGUGGCUCCGGGAGAGGCGAGAGUCAAAGAAAGAAAUUCAUGUGGCCAUUCUCUUUAUAGCCAAACAUUUUUUGGGGAUUGCAUAAUGAGCAAGGAAAGACCUAAGAGGAAUAUCAUUCAGAAGAAAUAUGAUGACAGUGAUGGGAUCCCGUGGUCGGAGGAGCGGGUGAUGCGGAAGGUGCUUUACCUCUCCCUGAAGGAGUUUAGGAGUGCACAGAAACGGCAGCUGGAUGGUGAUGGAACCACAAACUCCAAUGGUUCCCUAGCCAAUGGGCAGCUGAAUGGCUCGGGGUCAAAGGGGAGCCACAAAGAAGAUGGGUCCUUGCGCUCUCAGGGGUUGGAUGGGAGCAAUGAGUACUGUGAGGACAGUCCUGCAAAGAAGAGACCUCGACUCCAGGCCCAGAGGAAGUUCGCCCAGUCACAGCCCAACUCGCCCAGCACUACGCCCGUCAAAGUGGCUGAUCCAGGCAGCCUGAACACCGGUCUGGCCACUGUGCCCUCCUCUUCUCUCUCAUCGCUCUCUUCUUUAUCGCUGUCCUCUUCCAUUCAGGACCUGUCCAAGCGCAAGCCCAAGACGGAGGACUUCCUCACCUUCCUCUGCCUCAGAGGUUCAUCGGCACUGCCCAGCAACAUGGCCUACUUUGGAAGCUCCCAGGAAGAGGAGGACCUGGAUGAGGAGGAGGAGGAAGAGGAAGAGGAGGAGGAAGAGGUGAGGAACGGAGGUGGCAUCCACUCCCACGGUGUGGGAAGCAGCAACCAAGCCUCAGCCUCCUCUUCUUGUCACUCAACACCCCGCAAGGGCAAGCUCCCCACCAGGCAGCCACUCAACGGGCACGUGUUCAACAGCCAUGGUAAAGCAGGGACCACAGAGAGUCCAAGGCCCAAGAUGGGAACUCACGGCAGGGAUGCACCUGCCCCGACAUUGCCACCUCCUCCACCUCCACCUCCACCCCUCCUGAGAGAGCGCAGUGAGAGAGCGGAAGCACGGGAGCAUGCGAGGAUGCAACAGGCUAUGGCUAGCGGUCGAGGAUCCACCAACAGGCUGGCACCAAAGAGAGCUGCUGAGGAGCUACGCAAGCAGGUCUCUAAAGUGAACAGGCUGACGCGGGCAGGCUCGGCACAAGCUGUUGGUGGUGCCAAAAAGAGUCGUGACUUCCGACUGCCGUCCAAAACUGUGAAGAAGUACACAGCCACCGUAUCCAAGGGCCACAUAACCUACACCAAAGCCAAACAGAAAGAAUUGGGCAAGAAAACCAAACUCAGCAGCAACAACAAACACAACAGCGCCGCCUCGGCACCAUCGUCAGCGAACAAUCACAAUCAGCACAGCCAGCCAGCAGCCAGCAAUGGGCUGGCAAACUCAGGAAAAGCAGCGGCACCAGCCCACCACAGCAAUGCAAAAACCCGCAAACAGGUGCUACUAUCCAAUGGGCUGCACAAUGUGGCUGCAGGCGCCCGCCUCAAUGGCAGGCUAAAUGGACAGCGGCACAACACCCUGGCCAAGGAGGUCGGGCAGAAACAGUGCCAGCACAGCCAGGGGGAGUGCGCGGGUCGAGAGGGACUGCGUAACUCUAAGCGGCGUCUGGAGGUGGUGCUCAACUCAGUGGGGACAGAGAUUCUUGAGCAGAAAGCCAAAACCACUGGGGCUGAGGCCAAGAAGGCAAGGCUUCAGCCCACACCCCUGGAGACACGCAGCAGCAAGAAAGUGGCCAAUCAAGAGAAAGCUGCCAUGCAGAUUACUAACCCUACCACUCCAGUUUCUAAUGGACAUGAAUCAGAAACACCCUCUUCUCCUAAACAAACUCCACCUGUUACCCCGCUUCCACCUCCUACUACCCCUCUUCAGCAAACCCCACCUCCCUCUACACCAGCAGUCAACGCAGAGCCAGUGAACCAGCGACCCAAGCGAGCAUCGGCCGGCAAGCUGAUGUUGAUACGACAAGCACAGCAGCAGAGCAGGUCUCAUGGUCGGAGCUCCUCCUCUUCCUCCCCCUCAUCAGGCCAGAACCCCAGUCGUGCCAGCACUACCUCAGACACCCAACAAACCUCUGUGUCCUCCUCCACCACCACCUCCUCCCUGCUUACUUCCACCAACAGCCCUGGGCAGCUCAAACCAGUGAAUUUGCGGCCCAUAGACCGUGACAAGGAGUGGGAGCGUGAGAAAGAAAUGACACGCCAGAAGGAGCGCGAGCAGGAGAAGGAGUGGGAGCGCCAGCGGAGCAAGCCAGAGGGCUGGGCAGCGCUGGGUGAAGUCCCUGUCUUCUGGCCAGUGCCACGGGAGUUUCAGGACCCCCUUGUGUACUUGGAUGCGGUGAGGGAACAGGCUGAGGCGGCUGGCAUGUGUCGUGUGGUCCCGCCUCCAGACUGGCGGCCUGAGUGCAAGCUGAGCGAGGAGAUGCGUUUUGUUACACAGGUGCAGAGGGUCCACAUGCUGGGCCGGCGCUGGGGCCCCAACGUGCAGCGACUGGCCUGCAUCCGCAAGCACCUCAAAUCUCAGGGCAUUACCAUGGAUGAGCCACCUGUCAUUGGUGGUUGUGAAGUGGACCUGUCACGUUUUUUCCAGCUCAUCAAUGAUAUGGGCGGGAUGCAGCAGGUGAUGGACCUGAAGAAGUGGACCAAGCUGGCUGACCUUCUGCGUAUCCCUAAGUCGGCGCAGGACCGGCUGGCCAAGCUGCAGGAGGCCUACCUCCAGUACAUCCUCUCAUAUGAUUCGCUCAGCGCAGAGGAGCGCCUCCGACUGCAGACUGAGGUGCUGCAAGAGAAAAAGAACCUGGAGUCACGGCAGGGCCCUCUGGAGGGUCUCUCGGACUCCUCAGCACCUAGUGCUCUGGUACUGCCGCGCUAUGAGCCCAAGAAUGGGCUAGUAGGUGGAAUAGUGGGAGGGACAACAGGGCACCAUCGCACCAAUGGAGUGUAUCACCGUCUGAAGGAGCUGGAGGCUCAGGUCAAAGCGGGCCGGCGCCGGCUCUUUGCUCAGGAAAAACAAGGCAAAGAGGACAGGCAGCAUGGAGUGGAUCAGGAGGAGGAGGAGGACAGGGGCGUUCUCACUGACCAGCACAAAUGUAUUUACAAGGGGAAAUCGGUGUCUUUGACUAACUUCUUCAGGAUAGCCCGGAACACCAUGACUAUGUGCUUUAACAAGGAACCAGGGGCUGCUGAGGUUGAGCAAGAGUACUGGAGGAUUGUGGAGCAGAGAGACAGCCACGUGGCAGUGCAUUGUGGGAAGGCAGACACCAGUACACAUGGAAGUGGUUUCCCCAUAGGAAAGUCAGAGCCAUUUUCAAAACAUGGAUGGAACCUCGCUGUCCUCCCCAAUAACUCUGGAUCCAUUCUGAGACAUCUGGGUGCUGUGCCUGGGGUCACCAUUCCCUGGCUAAACAUUGGCAUGGUCUUUUCUACCUCAUGCUGGUCUCGAGACCAAAAUCACCUUCCAUAUAUUGAUUACUUACACACUGGUGCUGAUUGCAUUUGGUAUUCUGUCCCUGCUGAGGAGAAGGCUAAGCUGGACAAGGUGGUCCAUACACUGCUUCAAGCUAAUGGCACCCCAGGACUAGAAAUGUUGGAGAAGAAUAUCAUGAUCUCUCCCGAGGUGCUUUGCCGUGAGGGGAUCAAGGUUUACCGUACGGUGCAGCGGAGCGGCCAGUUUGUGGUCUGCUUCCCCGGUGCCUUUGUUUCUAAAGUGUGCUGCGGCUACAGCGUGUCAGAGACAGUGCACUUUGCCACACCACACUGGAUGAACCUGGGUUACCAGGCUGCAAAGGACCUGAAAUGUCGUCAUAUAGCCAAACCCUUCUCCAUGGAGAAGCUACUGUACCAGAUCGCCACAGCCGAGUCCAAGAGGGACAAUGGCCUUCUCCUUACCACCAUCUCCGCCCUACUCAAAGACCUCAGGAACAUAGAGAUGCGGCAACGACAGGAACUUUACAAGGCAGGCUUGCUCUCCUCUGCUCGCUAUGGCACUCAUGACGGCAGCCUAGGGCCUGGCGAGGGGCGCAAGAAGCCUCGUGGGAAAUGGCUAGCACUGGAGUCCUCAGAGAGACGCUGCCAGAUCUGUCAGCACCUCUGCUACCUGUCCAUGGUGGUUCAGGAGACGGACAAUGUGGUCUUCUGUCUGGAGUGUGCCCUGCGCUACGUGGAGAAGCACAAGUCCUGCAGAGGCCUUAAGAUGAUGUACCGAUACGAUGAGGAGCAAAUCAACAGUUUGGUGAACCAAGUGUGUGGUCGGGCCAUGUUAAAGAAUGGCAGCAACGGUGGAGUCGUCGUCGUCAGUGGAGGGGGGGGGGACCCCUGGAAAAAAGCAGGAUAUUCUCCUCCAAAGAAAGCAGUUGCACUCUCCCUCCUGCACAAUACUCUGUAUCCCCUCACCGUGUCAGCUUUCCGUUUGCAAAGAGCUCAGGCAUGA